AUGGAAAAAAAGGUUCCCGCGUGGUUGCGUCGCUCAACGCUUCUAUCUAUCUAUCUAUCUAUCUAUCUAUCUAUCUAUCUAUCUAUCUAUCUAUCUCAGUCUGUUCCUUUCUAUCUAUCUAUCUAUCUAUCUAUCUAUCUAUCUAUCUCAGUCUGUUCCUUUCUAUCUAUCUAUCUAUCUAUCUAUCUAUCUCAGUCUGUUCCUUUCUAUCUAUCAAUCUAUCUAUCUCAUUCUGUUCCUUUCUAUCUAUCUAUCUAUCUAUCUAUCUCAGGUUCCCUUCAUUUUAAUAUUCGUGGAACUCCCAUUCAACUUGCCUUGAGCCUCAGUUCUGACUUUGGUAGUCAAUUUCUUGGUGAAGUCUCUAGGUUCCUGGAAGUUUCAUACUCUGAUGUGACAAAGAGUUUAAUGCUAUCUAUCUAUCUAUCUAUCUAUCUAUCUAUCUAUCUAUCUAUCUAUCUAUCUAUUUUAUUAUAG